UGCUAAUUUAUAUUGUAUUAUUCAGCAGUUCUUCAAACAAUUACAAUAUACAAAAUGAAAACUUUAAGAAUUGUAUUUGCUCUGGCAUUAGCCUCUUUGGCUAAGGUUGAAGCAACUCAUUGUGGGGGAUCUCCAUACCUUCCAGAUCCUUGUCUAGAUUUAUGUUUCGCGCCACCAGCACCACUAUGUUUAUCAGAAUGCCCACUUCCUUGCUUACCACCAUGCCUACUACCCUGCCCACUUCCUUGCUUAUCACCAUGUCCACCACCGUGUUUCCUACCACCACCACCACCACCACCACCACCAUGCUUCCUGCCAGCACCACCAUGUCCUCUUCCUCUUCCUUUUCCUCUUCCUUGCUUACCACCAUGCCCACUUCCUUGUCUAGCAUCUCCAUGUGUUCCACCUCCAAAAUUGAUACCAGUACCACUAUCACCUUUAUCUUGUUUCUCUAUUCCACCAUUAUGUCCAUCAUGCCCACCACCCUGUCCGCUUCCUUGCCUACCACCAUGCCCACCACCCUGCCCACUCCCUUGUUUACCACCACUAUCACCAUGUUUCCUGCCAGCACCGCCUUGCCCAAUUUCUUGCUUGCCACCAUGUCCACCACCAUGCUCACUACCUUGUCUGGCACCUCCAUGUAUUCCACCCCCAAAUUUGAUACCAGUACCGCUAUCAUCUCUACCUUGUUUCUCUAUACCGCCAGUAUGUCCACCUUGUCCACCAUUAUGUCCACCUUGUCUACCACCUCCUUGCUACUAUUAAUAUGGAUUAAUCUUAGUUAUUAAUUGCAGUCAUAUACCUAUUUAUUGCUUAAUGUGAUAUAAUUUCCACCUACACUAACUGCAUAAUAAUUCGAUUACAAACCAAAAAUACCGUUUUAUAUGUCUUUAUAUGUUGGAAACCAUAGAGAAAUAUAUACAAAUUGUAAUCAAUUUAAAAAAAAAUAUAAGGGGCACCUUAUAUUUAUUUUUCCUUCUUUACGUGCCAUUUAUAUCUUAUCGUUGUAUUAAAUUGACAAAUCGUACAUAUUGUAAUAUAAUCUUGUUCAAUUUUAUAAAUAUAAAAUGAUAUUCAACACGACUUGUUGAUAAUCAUUCAGUUAAGAUUCUAA